ACCGAUACGGGACAAGGUAGUCAGAUCCUUGACGUUUCCCUUAGUACCACAACCAUGUACAAGUUCCUGCUCAUUGCUGCCCUGCUGCCGGCCAUCGUCUUCGGCCAGACUCCGUUCCGACCAUGCUCGGGUGGCAGGCCAACUCCGGCUUCGCUCAACAUUGAAGGAUGCACGGCCCUGCCCUGCACGAUCACGUCCGGAGCUCCGCUGGUUGCCCGCGGCAUCGGCAUCAUGUCGCCGGUCGCCACCCCCACCCUGACGGCUCAUCUGACUGCCCGCCUGCUCGGAUUGGACGUCGGUUUCGAGAUCCCGGACGAGCUGCGGGACGCUUGCGCUGUUGGUAUUUCGGGUGCUUCCUGCCCGAUCGCCGCCGGUCAGACCUUUGACUACGAGCUGAACUAUGCCAUGGAGCUGCCGCUGGUCGGUAUUACCGUGCAGGUUGAGGUUGGUCUGACCGCUGCUGACGGCAGUGCCGUGACCUGCGUCGAAAUCGAUGCAGCGAUCGUCGGUUAAAGCAAAGCAAACCCAGUUCUCCAUUAUUAACACUACUUUCCUCCGUAAUAAACCUUUCUGAGCCAUCACAGUA